AAAUCUUCAUAAACAUCAAUUUAUUUAUUGAAGAUAGAUGGAACAGAGUUAGGAUCAUGAUAUUUUAAGUUUAAUUGAGUCAUAAAUUAUUAUUUUAGCAAGAAAAACCCUACGCUCUCAAGUAUUUUUGUAUAAAACAUGACUACACAGAGGGGUGUACUUAAUAAUGACCAUUUUAGCAACUUGAAGAAACAGUGCCAAGGCGAAAACAUUGAAGACAACAGUAACUAUUCCCUCCUGAACUCCGUUUUUGAGGUGCCUAUAGACCAGGCUGGCUUGUGCUGCUGCUGCCUUCAUCUGCAAAGCCAGAAGGGCUUGUGGCAGACUUAUGAAUGGAUGGCGGGCUGCGAAAAGUAUGGGGAUAUGUUUGGGGAGUGCUUUGGGUUAGAUAUGUCAGAUCAGAUCAAUGCAAAGAUCUGCGAAGUGUGUAUAACGCAACUGCGCAACGCGGUGUGUUUCAAGGCGCAAGUGUCUCGCUGUCAGGCUCGGCUACGUGAAGAAAGUGAUGUGAAAACUCAUGAGAGAAGACCAGAUAAGCAAGAGAAAACGGAGAAUGAAGUAAAAGUUGAAUAUGAUUGUGACAGGAAAGAUACCACAGAUCACGACGAUUUCUUUGAAGAUAGACCUCCCUCGGUGAAAUCAGAAAAUAGUAGUGAUGAAUCUAAUAAAAAACUGAAAAGGGGAAAUGAUAAGAGUAGUCCAAAGAACUCGAAAAGGCUACCAAUUAUAAACAAGCGAAAGAAAGGGCAAGGGAAAAGACUAAUCCAAAUCAAAAAGGAUCCCAAAGUUGACCGCAGAACCGUAGCCUUCCAGUCAGUGAAGUAUACGAAACCACGCAGAAAUGUUGGCCUUCUAUUAGAACAUUCCACCAUCUGCCCUUUCAAAUACAGCCAGGCCUACUUCAAAUGUUUCUACUGCAGUAAAAAUUUCCUAGUCUUCCAAGAACUGAAGAACCAUGUCAUAGAUUAUCAUUCGAACAUCAGCUUUAUUGACAUAGUAAAAGGCAUCACAAGACCGCACGAUCAAGUCAAGGUGGACGUUAGUGAAAUAUCUUGCAAAAUAUGUAAUGUAAAGUGCACAAAAUUGGACGAACUGGUGAUUCAUUUGAGUGUAACACACAGUGUGAAAUUCGAUGAGAAUCCAGAAGAUUCAGUUAUAAGCUACGAUUUGGGUGAUAAUAAAUUUAAAUGUACGGUUUGCAAGGAAGAGUUUUUGUUCUUUAAAACGCUAGCGAAGCAUAUGAACGAACACAGUUCGAACCAUGUCUGCGAUGUGUGUGGGAAGUGUUUUCUUCUUAUAGAAAGGCUGAGGGUACACGUGCAGAUGCAUUCGGAGAAUGCCAUUAAAUGUGAUAGCUGCGACAAGAUUUUGCCCACAAAGCAAGCCUUGAAAAGCCAUAUACGUUAUGCUCACGAGAAAAAACUGUACGCAUGUUCAAUUUGCAACGAAGCGUUUCCAACUUAUAGGAAAAGGUUGCAGCAUUUCGUAGAGAGGCACGGUCGAGCCCCUUUGAGUUUGCAGUGCGACCAGUGCGACAAAACUUUUAGCUCUAACAGCAAUUUGAAUCAUCAUGUCAAGCAUAAACACCUUAUGGUGCCUAGAGAAGCAAAGUAUACAUGCGAGGAUUGUGGUAGAAAGUUUAAAACGAAACGCGUUUUGACUGGUCACAAGCUUGUGCACUCAGGCGAGAAAAACUUCGAGUGCGAGGUCUGUAAAAAAAAGUUUGGGAGACUGAGUUCGUUGAAGGAACAUUUGAAGAUACAUAGAAAUGAUAAGAGAUGGUCGUGCGGUGCUUGCGCCGUUUGUUUUGUACAAAAAUGUAGCUUGAAAAACCAUAUCAGAGUGAAUCAUGCUGAAUAUAAUGUGGCUGAUUUGAUUGUUUAUAAAAGUCCUGAUAAAUAAAUAACUUUUACA